GGAAAGGUGUGGCCUAGGAAGAGGGGGUGUGGCUCCGGGAGAGUCUCCAGGGCCAGACAGAGAGAGACAUGGAGGGCUAUCUGUGGCCCUAUGGUAUACGCUAACCUGGUGUCCUCCAGAUGUUUUGGAUGACAAAUCCCACCAGCCCCUGCCAUGAUCGCUUUAGGGACAUAGGACGCUUCCCUACACCAGGGCGCACGAAUUUUCGCUGGGGCGGCGGCGGCACUUUCAACCGAUCAGAGAAUCCAGUUUCUUCUCCCUCCCCCCAAACAGGAAUGGGGGGGAAGAGAGAAUCAUCAGAGGCUCGACUUCCCGGAGUAUCCUCUACUCUUUUGGUUUUUUCUUUACCCGAGACGACUUCUGAAAAAGCUGGCAAAAAAGGACCUGGCUGGAGAGCUUCACUGCAGAAACCGGAGAGGUGCGAAUUUUGCAGGACAGCUGCAUUCCGCGUAUCAUUCUGGGAAGUGCGAAUUAGGAUCGGAAGAGGAAAUCCCAGGACAGAGGUCGGGCCCAGCAGUGGCGGCCAGUCAUUUCCGUGGCAAGAAAGUAUUUUAAAUAUGCCAGAAUCGUUAUCUCACAAGCGCACAUGUCAAGAUUCAGCCCAGCACAUAAUCUUGCAACGUAAACGGAGGGGCAGGGCUGUAUGCCGAAUGGCGGGGGAGCACUUCCUUUGUGUUCAGAAGGCCCCAGGUUCAACCCCCAACAUCUCCAAGGGCUCACUCACAUGGAAGAGAUUUGAUCAGCUGGAUGAAAAAAAAAAAAAGGGCGAACUGUUUUGUAUUCUCCUGCAAAUGUUUUAAUGCCACCUCCUGGCGACUUCCGGAAGAGUAAGGGUGGGAAAAAGGGACGCGCACGCAUUCGUGAGGAAGCAAUAGAAAACAUGUCAGAGAAGGUCAGGAGCGCCGCACACCAGAAGACAAAGCCACGACAUGCUGAAGCAUCUUCUGUGCACAGUUGGCAAGGAACGGACUUCCGUUUUUCCUCCCUGAGCAGAGUCGAGUGCAAGAGUAGUUCUGUAGUGAAAGAAAAUGCCUUCCAUCCCAGACAGUGCUGAAACCAGGGUCGAGGAUGCUUUGGCAGUCCGAGGGCCACAUUCCCUCAUGGGCAACUUUCUGAGGGCCACAUGUUAGUAGCGGGCAGGGCCAGAGACAAAACAGUGUGUGUGUGUGGGGUGGGAACCGAGUGGGAUUGUCAGCCUUGUACAGUAGAAGCCUGAGGUCUCUGCAGGCACCCACACUCAUCCAGAUGCCAUUGGGCUCCAACCCCCAUUAUGCCUCCCCAUUGGCCACGCUGAGUGGGGCUGAUGGGAGUCCGCAGGUUCCCCAUCCCUGCCUUAAGCUGUGCAGGGCUUUAUUUAGAAAUAAACAAACGAAAAGCCAACAGCUACCUUUCUUUCUGAGCUCAGUUCCAACUAACAGCCAACAAGGAGCAACGUGCUCCUAAGGGGCCUGCACCCGGUCAAAUUCCAGCCACAUGUUUGCACCAACUGCAGGUUAUCCAAAGUUGACCCAGCCUUCCAGGCACCAGCUUGUGGAUCUAACGUGCAUUUCGCAUGUUCCCAAAAGGCCAAGAACAGCCAGGCACAUCUGGUGAGGGUUUCUCCCACACACACACACUCUAGCCCUCCCUCUCGCAAGGGAAAAGCAGUGAAGCACGUCCCAGAUAUAAAAAAAAACGCCAUUCCCCCCCCCCCCCAAAAAUUAGGGCAGCA